AGCUCUAGAAGCUACAUAUACAGCACAGAGCAGCGAUCCAGCUAGCUGCGUAAAAAAAAACUACAGGGCACCGACCAUUCAGGCCAGCAAGCCGCUGACGCUUACAUGCGAUAGCCACAUCUAAUUGUUGCCGACAAAAAAGCAGAAAGCCAUGACAGAAACAGGGUGGGUUCAUCGGACGAAAGGCAUCCUCACCCACCUCUGUACACACUUCAAGCGAGGUUGCCCGUCAUGGAUCGUCCAAACGUCCUGCUCAUCUUAACGGAUGUGCUUUGCGUGUCCUCCGCACCAUCCGCAUCUCUUUCCCUGUCUCUCUCCCCCGGCCCUCCCCGGCGCGUCUCCCUCUCUUCGCCCGCGUCUCGCAGAGUGCCGUCUGGUGCAGCCACCCACGUAGAAGCCGAAGUGAAUCCAACAUUGACAUUUGUGCGAUCCUGGCCGCCAUCCCUCCUGUCUCCUCCCGCCACCUCGGAGACCUCGGGGCCUCUUUCCGAGUGGCGGUGGAAGUGUCGACUGGAAACCACAAAAAAUGACAGCACGUCGAAGAGAACCAAGGCGCUCGCGGCGUCCGGCAGUGUCAGGCGGAGGUCGAUGUACAGAGGGUGUUGGGGGCCACCUGGGAGCCUUGAAGUCCUCCUGCCGUGUCUCGUGUGUGCGCUCUGGGGUGCCAUAUCUAUAUGUCCCGUGUCCAGUGCGGGCCGGCCUCUGAGACGUCGGCGGCGCGCGCAGCAGAGGUAGUUCCGGCAGUGGCGGAUCAGAGAGCGGCACAGUCUGUUGAGGGACCAAAUACAAGUGGCAAAGGACCGCUGCCAUUUGGUGCGCUGCGAGCGAAAUACAUGAGGGUACAUGAGCAUGACUGAGACAUGUCUUUUGUGUCCGUUGCCUACUCGCUUUGGAGGUAUGAUGACAGCUCUCGACGGCACUUUGACCUCCCCAAUGUCCCUCCCUGCCGUCCCAGCGGACGCGACCCGCGUCAUGGUCCUGAAGGACUUGGUCAGCGCCGACAGUAGCCCCUGGCCCCUCCGAUCCAGCAGCCCCUCGCCACCAAACGACUUGCUCUUCCUCGGCAGAAUGUCGAUCGCCACCCCUGACACUAAGCUGCUCUCAGUGGGUGACCCGCUUUCGCUCCGGUGGUCGCUGCCACUGGACUGGUCACCGUCUGAGAGGUGCGCUGGGAAGCCGUAGUUGUUGAGGAAGUUGCGGCCGGGGGAUGGGGCGCCGAUCGUGUCGAUGUCGGUGCCGCUCCAUCCACGAGUCCAGGCCGACGCGCGACCGCCUGCAAAGAAGGGGUGCUGCGGCAUUGGCUGCUGGGCAUCAGAGGAACCGGCAGACCGGCGUGGGUCUGUGUGUCCGAACGAGACGUAAUCGUCGUAAGAAUUGGUAAAUGUCGCCGAUCGGUGUCGCCUGCGACGGGGUUUUAUGGCGGUCGUCAUGGUGCGGAAGAAGCUGGCCCUCCUCGAGUGCAGCUUGUGGACUGCGAUCUCUGUCUGCUCCACCUGGCUGGCGAAGAAGCGCUUGAUGUUCUUGAAAAGGCGGGCGGGCAUCUCUUGCGAGUUGUGGACCACGAGUCUCAGUGUCACGGGCGCCUCUUGUCCCCUGACCGACCCCUCGGAGAAUGAAUCAUCAUCGUCCCUCAAGAGGCUGAGCCCCCUCCUUUUGCCGAUCCGCCAGCUGGCAUCCCUCGGUCGGUGCGCGAGCAUUUCAAUUCGCACCACGUCGCCUCUCGGGCAGACCCACGCAAAUCGGUCGUUCUGGAAGGCGAAGAAGUGCCGCGAAGUGAUGACGAGCAAGCCCUUGGUUGUGCCCUUAAGGUUCUGAUCGGGGCUGUACCAAGGCAGGGCGGCGGAGGGCAGAGGCAAUGUGGAUGCGACGGGAGGCUGGGGGAGAAGGGGGAGGGGAAGCGCGUAGAGGAUGCUGACGGUUAUGUGACCUUGAAGGGCCGAUGCGAGGCUGUCCACUGCCUGACCUUCAUACAAUCCGUAUUGACCAAGACGUCUCCCGGUGCCGUACGUCCGCACAGGACGGCUGUAACCUGAUGCGUCUUUGGUGUUGGAGAGUGAGUUCCUCACUCCUGCCGAGACACCUUGUAAGAACAGCAGAAUGCCACCGAGUAUCGCCACACAGAAGCGCCCAAAGCCCUUGACCACGCCCAUGGGCAGGUGGACAACACUGCCACCCUGCGGUCGGACUACUCGCUUGUAAGGUAUCACGACCAGACUGAGGAACGCAGCUACGAGACACUGCAGCAGCCCCUGCACGGCCCGCAAGACGCCAUCCGCGACAUUUUCCGGCUGCUCGAUCGCCACCUGGCUGAUGCGGAACCGUCUCGGGACGACGGACAGGGUCUUGUCCAUGUUGACUGCACGGUCGAGGACCUUGUAGAGCGAGCGAGUGAUGCGCGAGAAGGAAUCGAACAGGCCAGCGAUUAUGGCGACGAUAAGGGCCUUGAGUCCUCUUCCAAGGCCGCCGAUGAACUGCUCUGGGCCCUUAAGAAUGCCCUCGUAGGGCUCUUUGACGAGGUCGAAGAGCCCCUGCAAUAUGCGGAUCAUGAGGCCCAGCGGAUUGCCGAUCAGGUCGAUGGAGCCGAGGACGCGAGUGAACUGGCGCCACCCCUGUGUGCCGUAUGUGGACGACAGGUCCUGGAUGAGGUCGCUGGUGGUGACGUAGACCUGCUCCUUCUGCACCUCACGAAAGUAAAGGGGCGAUUGGCUCAGAUCGGUGAGGCGGCCUGACAUGAGCUCGAAGUAGCGGAUGAAUUGCCAGUCGCGGCCGCUGUCGACUGUGCUGACUCUGACAUACAUAGGCAUAUAGAGAGGGGUAUUAGCCUUUGGUGGCUUGUCUUUUGUUGUCACGAACGACUGCAUACCGUGAGUUUCUGAUCGAUAGCACCACCAGGAUGGGAUCGAUGAACAAGGUUUGGAUGUACAGAUACCGCGACAACGGAGACGAGGUAGGCGGGCUCGGCGCCUCGAUCAGUUGCCUGAAUGCCUCGCUCCUCGGAGGUCCUUUGGAGCUGUCUCCAUCGAUUUGGCUCUGGCGAACCCUCAGAAUCGUCUGCGUGCGCACGUAGGGGAUGUUGAACUUCUUUGUCAGACCCAGGAAGAAGCUGAGCAGACCCAAGACAGCGUCCUGCUCGACGUUAAUGGCCAGUGGCUUGAGGCUGCAGUUGGCGUAGCGCAGGAUGAGGGCCGAGUUGUGGUCUUUGCCCUUCGACAGGAACAUGGACCUGCUCUCCGCGCUGACGCCCCACUCCAUCGACAGGAGGGGCCCCCCAUCUGCUCCAUCCUCAGCCUCUCUCUUGGCCAAGAAGCUGCCCUCUCUGUUGCUGCCCAUAGACGUCUGCCGCAAUGGCGCGGUCGGGGCCUGUCCACCCCAGAACAGGCUGCUGGACACCGUUUGCUCCAUGUAUGGGCGCAGGAAUGAGGGAAAGUAGGCAUUACGGACGCGAUUGUCGAUCUGGAUGCUGUCUACCGAUGCCCGCCAUGCCGUGCCGUCCCGCUUGCCCUUGCGUACCACGUAUAGCUCCACUCCUGUCGCCGCAGCGUAUGCCAGCUCUCGUGGAGACUCUUCGUUGAGGGAUAUGCCGAUGCCCCUCAGUCGACACUCAAUCUCGAACGAGUCCCACACAGUGGGCCGCUGGGAUUGCUCUGUCUCCAUGUCUGUCUCGCCUUCUGUUGAUGGCCGGGCCAGUAGGUUCCUGCUCCCUCGUGACAGUAGGUCUGCCUCCGUCUCCCUCGUGUCGUCACGCCGACUGGGCGACCGCAGCCGACCAGCCAUCAGCCGAGACAGCCGGGAUGGAGAUUUGCUGCCGUCCCUCGUCGUGUAGCUGCGCUUUAUGCUCCUUUUGCGGGCCCUUGCCGUGUCCCUCCUGUGGCUGGGACCUCUACUGGUGUCGCUGAGGUUGCCGCUGAGGCCUCGGCGGCUGGGCCGCCUCGACUCGCUGGACAUCUUCUUCUGUGAGGGCGCGGGGGGCAGAGGGGCCUGGGAUCGGGAGCUGGAACGACUUGCGACUUCGCCGCUUCGUGGCGAGACAAUCGCCGUCUCUCCCCAUUGUGUGGACGCAUCCUCUGCACCCUUCUCGAGAUCGACGAGGGACUGGUCUUCCUCCAGGUCAUCCCAUGCGUCAGAGAAGUACUCCUCCUCAUCAUUCUCGUCGUCCUCGUCUCCCUCGAGAGUGUGCAGGUGGCCGUACCAAUACCGAGCCACAAACGCGAAGGCGGGGUUGGGCUCGACCUGCCGGGCACUCAGCAGCGGCGGCAGGUCAACGCCGCCAGUGGCGAGCGAGCGGCCGCCAGGCGUUGCCGUCUUCUGUGAAGGGGAAUCGCCGACAGCGUCGUUGAUGGAAGUGAUGGCUCGCGAGUUGCCGAGGCUGCGGGUUGUGGCUGACUGGCGCACAAGAUGGGACCGUUGAUGAUAUCGCGAUGAGUCGGUGAACUCGACAAUGCGAGUACCUUCACGGACAUAGGUCAUGAUGUAUAGCCUGCAGGAGAAAUGGCGAUUGUCGCUUGUGUCUCCGCUCCAUGUGUGUGCGCAUCCGAUUGUCAGUGCCCGCUCACUUGUCCUGUCCGAUAGCCAGCUUGGUGAUGGUGUUGAUCUUGCUGAUCGCCAGAGUGGUGGGAUACGUCUCGGGCCGCACCUCAGCCGAUGCCCUCCUCCUCUCCCCCGCCUGUGCGACUGCGUCUCCCAUCAGUGCCGCCAACCCCCUCCGUGAGCGUGUCAUUUCCCUGACCAGGGCAAAUGAGCGAUCACCGACGUGAUGUGUGGGGACCUCAACUGUGAUCUUGAGCAGCUUCCUCAAGCUUUGUGGGUCGUGCCAGGCGUAAUCAACGCGUGAAUCGGGAAGCAGCAAUUCAAUUGCAUCGGCCACACGAGCACCCAUCUGACAGGGACACAACGGGAAACAUGUCGCAUGGAAUCGCUGCGGAACGAUGCAGUCUUGCAUGUGCGAAUUGGAUUUUAUAUGGCGAGUUGUUGAAGAGCUUGAACUCGGGGAUGCGUGGCUUGCUGAAUCUGAACACAUGUACACAUACACGUCCUCAUCAAUGCAAAAGAAACGUGCACUCGAAGUUGGUGCAUGGAUGUACCUGACAAAGAUGGCAGCCGACUCCAAGACCUGCACCUCCACUUGUGUGAUGGUAUACAGCUGUGUCAUGACCUCUCCCUCCGGCAGUCGCACCAGCACACUGCCCUUCUUCUUGCGUCCCGCAGGCUGAUUCGCCUUCAUCAUGUGACGGACCUGGAAGCUCGCUCGCUCAGAGAUGGGGAACUCUGACGAGUAGAAGGUCUCUUCUUUGAGGCCCUUCUGGCCUUUUUCGGCCAUCAUCAGCAUGAUGAGGGACGGCGAUCGCAUCCUGUGAGUGGACCCCUUGCGGAGGUUCAUGCCUCUCGGCGUCCAGGGAGACGCGAUAGGGUUCUCCGGGUCGACUAGUGAGAUCAGCAGCUGCGGGCCGGCGCGAGAGAUUGGCUGUUGUGGAUGCAGGACCAUCAUCUGGUGGGCCGUGAGACGCACAGGCUUGCCACUACCCGCCUCCUUGAACCACAGGCUCUCGCUCAUCUCGUUGACCAACGUGAAUCGCGCGAAGAGGUCGACCACCUUGGUGCGGAAGAAAGGCGGAGGCGCCAGCUUGACGCGCAUGCCGAGCCAGAUCGCUAUCUGGUCCUUGGUCCGGGGGAUCACGAGCUGGCCGGACGCCCCAACAGCAUCGAUGGAGAAGCCCUGGGACAUGUCGGCUUCGAUUGUCAGGCCGACACGGACCUUUGGACCGAUCGUGGCACAGAGUAUUCUUCGCGUCUUGGACGGGAUCCGCUGACUCUUCUUCUUAGUCCCGACGCGCACAUCGACACUCUGCCGGUUGACGAUCCAGUGGGGCGAGAAGACCUUAAUGGACCUUUGGCAGGUGUCCCAGUGGAACACCGAGUAGGCCGACAGGUCGCCUGAGUGCGCUCCGUACUCCACGCCGCCUCCCUUGCCCCCUUUGCCAUCCUUGCCGUCGAACUUGGAUUCAGCAAUAGCUGGAGCGAUCUCACACGCCAUUUCGACCGUGUCUCCGUCAUCCUUCGCGUGGCGGAACACGAGAGGCUCCGUGCGGCUUCUCUCUGCGUCGGCUAUGUCACGCGGGCGUCGUUUGCUGAUUGACGGACCCGCCGCGUGAGAUGAUUUGUACUCGAGCUGGACGUUGCUGGAUCGGUACUUGCCGGUGAUAAAGCUGAUGAGGGGCGGCGCCGCCUCCACGUAGAAGUCGUCGCCAGCGUCGAUGGCAUGUUGCUCCCCUGACGGCAAACAGACCUCUAGAGACUGCGGCAGCCGAUUGCACAGCUGAGCGAGGCAACGCAGAGAUCGAAGGCAUGACCAGAUGUCUAUGGCUGCUCACUGACCUUGAGUGCCGGCGCUAUGUGGAUCUCGAAGAAAAGUGGCACCUGCCCAAAGCUUGGCGAUCUGGCACUUACAGAGCAGGCGAGCUGCAUCAACCCGGCCUUACUACGGCGGCUUGGUGGCUGGAUGAAGGCAGGAGCAGCGUCGUCGUCUACUGAGGCCUGAGGCUCGAUCAGCGAGGCGCGAUGACGGAACUGCACUCGCCCUUUGAGCCUUGCAGAGGUGUGCGUCUGCCUUCGUCUCCCUCGCGUUAUGUCCUGGUCCAGCAACGAGAUGUCCACAAAGGGCAGAUCAAGCAGUCUUGCCUUGAACCCAAAAUCGCGCGGAGAGGGGCCUUUGUAGUCUGCCAUCUUCCGCAGCACCUCUCGUGGCAGUACCUCCUUGCCUUGGACCAUCGCAAAGGCAAAGAACUGACGACAGAUGAGACAGAGACAUGGAUGCGCGGCGACGCAGGUCGCCACCGAACUGUUCCUCACCUGUCUGAAGCUCUCCACCUCGUGGAAGUGCUUUGUAUCCUGAUCUGCUGCGGCUGCAAUUGCCCACACCGACUCAAUGUCAUGCGCCUUCCUCUCUCUCUUCCCCUCUGUCUCGCUCUCCUUCAGGUCUCCGUCACCCUUCGGCGAGCCGAGAGACCUCCGCGCUCCCAACACACCGUCUCUUGUGACCCUCUGCUUGUUGAGGAUGGGGAUGGGCACCAGCCAAUGAAGCGGGAGCCACACCAGCUCCUCAUCACCGGGUAGAUCCAAGACGAGACUCGAACGACGACUCGACGGGAUGAAUGUGCGGCCGGGGCUCAUGAUGUCUGCGGUGCCUGCCGACGUGACUCGCUCGAUGCUGAUUGCGCGAUCGGCUUCAAAAGCUGGUAUGCCGUCAUCUACUGACGCAGAUGGCGAGCUGACAUCAAGCGUCAGGCCCCGUCCUUUGCCUUUCGCCUUGGCGGGCGCCUCCGUCUUGGGUGUCGUGACGGAUGGCUGAGCGGUCUGCUGAGGGUUGAUGGGAGGAAGGACGGUGCCCAACCGCACAUUCGUCCGUGUAAUUGGCUGCCACAUGAUGUUGUCCUCCUCUUGGUCUGCGUCUAUCUGCGACGCGCCGUGAUGGGGCCGUCGAUCAGAGAGAACGGUCGAUCCCUGGAAGUGGGAGAUCAGUAUGCUCGUCGAGUGAGCCGGCGAUGGGGGGACCGACGGCCGGCCAGCGGCAGGCAUCGGAGGCGCCACAGGCGAGUAAGACGCGACGUCCGGGUGCGGCAGCACCUUGAGAUGCCGGCUUGACGAGUUUCGCAACACCACCAGAGACGACAGGUGAAGGUGAAAGGCAUUCGAGCCUGCCAGCGUCGUCCGACAGAGGAGGUUCACCCUCGUACUCGCGGCACUCUUCUUCGUUCCGUCUUUCAUCGUCAGUGUGACUGAUCGCUUCGCCCGUCGAGCUGCGAGCGGGAGCGGCCGCACCUCCAGGUGAGCUGAGUUGAGCGUGAAGUUUGAUAGCUCAUACAGGGUGUCCACAAGACGAACGCGGACCACAAUCGGCAACGUCAAGCUCUAACACAUGCAUCCAUCACAGCUGCAUUUGCUUGUGUCUAUCUUGUGCUGACUUUCGUCCUGACCUCGUCAUCGUCUCGUGGCAACACUAGGCGCCCGCCCGCCUCCACUUUCCGCCACUCGUUCCACACGAUCACGUUCGAUCGCUUCCGUUCCACUGUGAAACCGUCAAGGCGGUCCAGGUAUGAUGCCGUCGAUGCACCGGCAGCAGUGUCGCCCGUCUCAACGGAUCGGGUGGGGUGUGAGCGAGCGGCGGACUUGAGAGUGAUGCGCACACCAAUCGGCUGCCCCGUGAGGUUCCAUCUGCCGAAGCAAAGAGAGACAAAGAUGAGAAGGAUGUGUAUUUUUCAGACUUACAUUGUGGGCCGUAUGUGUGAGUGUCUCUCGGCUCCUCCCCCGUAAGGCUGCAGCAGCUUGUGAAAGGGAAGGCUGACAAUCAAUCAAUCAAUCAAAGACAGAAGCAGCCUCUCAGAUUGAUCACAAAGAUCGUCUAAUUGUUGUACCCUGCGAUUGGCAGAUGAGCUGCGACAGUCGAAGGUCGCGAUCCGACUGAACCUCUCGCGGCAAUCUGGCCAACCGACGAGCGACGGUCCACUGUGUCCUGCCCUUCUUGCUUGUCGUCCCUGUGGCCCAGAAUGCCGCCAAGCGUCGCAUCGAGGGAUGUCAUGAGAAUGCGCUCUAAAGAGAAACCUUCUUCACGGUUGUCGUCACUGCACACAGGUCAGAUGAUCCACAUGCAUCGCGUUACGAGUGUGUGUGGCCCCUACUGCGGAUUGCGUGCAUUGAGUAAAGGGCUGGGCUGAGGCAGUGCCCACGGAGGACUCUCCUCGCUUCCGCCUUCGUCCCUCGCGUCGCCUCUUCCCCUGCCCUCCACCAGCAUCUUGAAGCCCCCCAACGCAUCCAGCCCUCCAGUAGCUGCAAUGCCGGCUGCACCGGCGAAGGCCGCAGCCCCCUUGAGAACCAUCAGCCCCCCUUCUUUCAGAUGUCCCUUGGUCGGAGGGUCAGCGGCAGCGCGGGCAGCAGGGGGGGAUGGAGGCACGUUGGCGCGAGAAGCCUGGAUGCCCCGUGCAAGAGCACGGCCGAUCUGUCGUCGCGAGAUGGUAGGGGCUGACACUCCCGAGUCCUGCACGGCACCGGCAGAUCGGUCAGAAACCGUUGGGACGGGGGUGGGUGGCUCCAGCAGCACGCCAUCGGCGUCCUUGUCUCUAGCUGGCGGCUGCACAGCUGCUGAAGGGGAUGACGGAGGGGAGUCGGAGGGGGGACGGUCAGCAACGGCCUCUGGGGCUCUCACUGAGGAAGAAAGGUUCUUGCGCAGGUCGCACAGGAAGCUGAGUGUUGCCUCAGACGUCGCAUCGAGAUAGUGUGUGCCGGCGUCGAGGACAGCAGGGGCGAAGUUGAUGUUGAGCCACGUCGCGUCGGCACAUAAGGAAGGUAUGACUGGCACCUCUGGCAUUGCUGUGGGUCCGUCGGCGGCAGAGGCAGGCGGUGGAGGAGGACAUGACUCCUGCAUGAAUCCACGUCGCAAACGCCACAGCCAUCGCCUUUCCUCCUGUAUUUGUUACCUGCAGUGCCCUCAUUGUGCAUGCCCAUGGCUCCACCAGGGACUCACACUCGCCAAGCUGACGAUUGAAGAAAUCGAUGGACACCAAGAACCCAAAAGCAAGUGACACAAAUGGCGGCGCCGUCUCCAAGAAAUCCGCCGUCUGAUUCCUUGGUUCCUCUGCCGCUGCCUCGUCUUCGGCGGUCAUGCCGGUCUCCAGACCCCUCGCGUCCAUCCCCUCCUGAUCGUUCACAGCCGCAGCGGCAGAAGUCUUGAAGAGCAAGCCGGCACGAGCGAAGAAGCUAGUGGGACUCGUUGCUCGUGAAGUCUCUUUGGGACCGAUGGUGGCAGACGGUAUUGUCUUGUCUGUGUACGUUGAAAGCGCUGGCUUGGUCGCAAGGGAGAGGGGCGAGGGCGAGGGUGGCGUGGCAGUGGGUGGGCGUACGCAUGACACGGUCUGCAAGAGGAAGGCAUGAGCUUCGAAUGACAGGUAGCGGGAGAGGGUGAAGUGGAUGUCUUCGACGUGGCCGGCAAGCAGACAUAAUCUGAGUGACAGAAUAUGCCGAGCCCAGCAAGCCGUCCGUAGACCGGCAAAAAGGAGCAUCUGUGCGCGUCAUCCAUCUUACUUCCUCGCAGACACGUUCUCGACGAGCUGCACCGAGACGCUGUGGAUCCUGACGUCCGCCGUGAUGGGGUAGUCGGGGGACGCCAGCCAUUUCCACAACCUCCCACCAACGUCUUUCACCUCGUCUAGGUCAAGUCGCAUGCCCCAACUCCGACCGGUCUGGGACGACCAAGCCGCCGUGUCGCCUCCCGCUGUCAAGUUGGACCGGCUUAACGCAUCCGACUCCCUUCUGCUGUCGACGUCGAUCGGACCGGGCGACAGGACAACGGAGGUACCCACCGACGACUUGGUCCGUUCUGACUCUGCCGGUGAGACCUCGGCUGGUCUGGCUGGCUCCUGCUGCACGGCCGGUGGCUCAAGAAAGGUGACGGAUUCCAUGGACGCCCUGUUCUUCAGCAGACUCGAUCGGCGCUGGUUGCAUAGAGAGGGCGAGCGGGCUGCUGGCGACGUCGCAGAGACGUCGGAGCCUGUCUUGGGAGACAAGAUGGACAGGAUGGACUGGUGCUUGGCGAUGGUCGGGCUGAUAGACUCCGGUGUGAUGUUCACGGGCUGUCUCUUGGCUCGGUCAAUUGUCAUGAGAAUGGCUGAUACACGAGAGGCUGUGAAUGCACAAAACGCCUCGGUGAGGCACAGCAGGGGAUACGAGAAGGCAAGUGCAUCUGUCGCCACGAGGAGCUGUAAACAGGACACGCAACAUAUCAGCCCACGUCUGGUACGGUGUUCUUCCGCCAUUGACCUGAAUUGGCUCCACAGCGAUCUCUCCCGUCAGCCCUGCCGGGACCAUGUCUUUCUGAUCCGCGAUCUCUCUCUGCACGGAUGUCGCCUUGCCAGACACGCGACACGGCGACAGGAGCGGAGUCCCUUGCAUGACAUCCCACCAGUCAAUCGUACCCCAGACCAGGUCCUCUUCUUCUUGAUCGGCGGAUGAAGGUGUCGACGGGCCGCUUAUCUCACUCAUCGGCGAUAUCAGCCUAUUGUGUCGCAGCUUCUUUUGGCGUUUCAUCGACGAGUCUGAUGCCGGCGAGGGUUUUGGCUUGGGGGUGGGCGGACGCCGAGAGGAAGUCGCUUGCCCCUGCAAAGCCACUCGAAGAGGGACGAGCUGGGGACGCGCAAAGGCAGCUGUCAGCGCGGUCACACUGAAGCGCAGGGAAGUCUUGUGGUGCACUUCAGGGCCGACCUGCCGGCAGAAGACAAGCGCACAGAGACGCAAGUCAAGAUAGUGGCAUGCCAUCAAUGUACCUGGUGGAAUCCCGACGACUGCGUUUUCGGUUUGGCUUCGAAGCCUUCCCAGGACUGCUUUCCCACAUCCGCUGCCUCUUGUCUGCCUUGCAUUGACCACCGAGCAGCAGCGGGAGUAUGAAGACCCUUCAGAGCCUCGCGAUAGAGCGACUCUACUUCCUUGGUCAUACCGAACGCCAAUAGUGACGGCCGCAUCGUCUGCUCCGUCUCAGCACUGAAGGACAGUGAUCGGGCAUGGGAUGUUCCAAGGGCCAGAGAGGUGUCGAAUGAGUAGCAGGGCAUGCCGUCAGCCAGAAGGACGGGCGGCGCCGGGACAACGCAAGUUGCCUCUUGCCGUAGGGUGAGGUGCAGAUCCGCUCUGAACGCCAACACGUGCGGCAGCUGCAGAUGGCCGGGCUUGUUGCUGCGAUCGCUGUCUCGUGACUGCACAGGGGAGCUCAACAGAGUGGCGGACAUACGUGAGGGAGAUGCGUCGGCAGCCAGUGCGACCGUCUGAUAACACGGAGCCCACAUUUCGGCCUGGAUGAACCGGAGGCAAACCACAGUAGUGCUGGACACGCCGUGAGAAUCCACGUCAGAACCCGACGUGAUGGACGACAACGAAGCGUGAUGGAGCAGACGGGGAGGCGGAGGUGAGGGAGGCGGGUGGUGGCGGGGCAAAGGGGACUGCGAAGGCGAGGCCGUCACUGCCUUGUGACCCAUGAGGACCAGAGGGCCAGGCACUCGUGCGAGAAAGAUACUGGACCAAUCUGAGAUGCCACCACACGACGACUCAUGACGUAUCAUUCUUCCCAAGCAGUGACUACCGAUGAUCUUUGCGAGGUGAUCCCAAUUGGCCGUCAUCCGUGGUUGCUCCACCGUCACUGUCAGUGCGUUGUGGAGAUCCAGCAGCCUUCCCUCAUACAUCAACCGGAUGUGGGGUGUGGCUCCGUCGGCCUUCUUCUUGUCUUUGAAGCCAACAGUCGGUGUUGUCAAUGAUGGCCACGUCAGCGCAGGAGGGAAAGGCAGAAUCGUCAACGUGUCCCCAGCCAUGCCGAUGUACUGCACUCUGCCGUCCCUCUUUGGCACAGCAGGGCGGGGUGGCGUCUCUGCCUGCAACGGCUCGGGCGACUGGCUUCUCCGUCUCCUCUUGCCGCCAGGCCUCCUUGGACUGCGUCUUGUGCCGGGUAGCGAGCCGCUCGCUGCUGUCGUGACUGCCUUGGACUGAAAGGUGCGGGAUGAGACGUACAGUGUGUCAAGGGGGGAGCCGUGUGGAAGGCCGCUCGGGUCCCAAAUGCGCACUGCCAGAAGCGAUACGGACACCUUGAGUGUGCCCUGACGAGUCGAAUCCACUGCUGCAUGAUGCUGGUCGAUGCCGAGGGCCAACAGCGGUCGGCAUGAUGGCGAGGAGUGCCUUCUCUUCGACUCUGCCUCUUCGUGCAACCCGUCAUCCUGAUGUCUCGCGCUCCACAACUUGAGGCGUACUUUGGGCAGCUCGCUGAUGACAUGCACCGUGAGGAGGCCGGCUUCUUUCUUCUCCGCCGUCUUCGGUCGCUCCGAAGGCGACGGCUCGACCUCUUGCUGAAGCUCGCCGCCCUCGGCUUCUUUCGCACCAAGAUGGUCUUCCCUGACAGAGUGAAGCCGUGGUUGGAGGUCUCCACCCACGUCGGACACGGUCAGGACACCUGUUGAGCCACGGCGAAAGGAAAUGCGGCUCGUGAUAGUCAGGUCGCUGAUGGUCGACCCGCGCCUCGUAAAUCGAGGUCUGUUGGUAGACCCAACGGUGGGAGACACUUCUUCGCUGUCGUGGAGGGCGGUCACGAGGCGUUGCCUCACAGUCAAAGCUGUCCUCUGCAUGCUCUCCUUCACAGUUCGAUCCAGUCGCCUUCUCGGCAACUGUGUGUUGUGGUGCACCAGCAGCUGGGCCAGAUCCGGUCCAUCCGGAACGUGCAUAGUUGAUCGUCUGUUCCUCAUGUUUUCGAUCACCAAAGGCUGGCUUGUCGGCAGCGAGACCCGUUGCUUGUCAGAUGCGCCGCCCUCGAGUGCUGUUGCGUCGGGUGCUGUGGACGAACGAGCCAGUAUGGGACGCGUGGCUGGGAUGGCCGCACUGCGUUCAGUAUGCACCGCAAGAAGCGGCGCAGAUGUGUCACGUGUCAAGUCCCGCGAUUCCAGGAACCGGUCGAUUGCUUGCGAGACGUCAAGAUGGGGAAGCGUCUCCUUGGAUGUCUCGGAUGGGAUGAUCCUCGCAAGCUCUUCGACCUCUUGCAUGCAGGCGUGUGUGAGCCUCAGAAGACCGAGAAGGUCGCAGUCGCUUACAUUUACCUCCAAUCCUCUGAAAAGCACGACCGAAAGAGAAGGGCAGUCAGUGCACACGCAGGAAUCAUCCGAGCCUUACCCAGGCGUCGCGUCUUGUGCGAGAAGCCUCAAAGACGGCAGCUUUUCGUGGUUGACGAAAUGGCACACGUCCGCACAGAAUCUCAUCGACACGGGGGCGAUGACCAACCAUCCAAGUCUUCCAUUCUCCUCUCCGUCGGUCUUGUGUUGCUGUGUCGCGACGUGUCGAACGAAGUGCGAAAGCUGCAGCUCCUGGCCCUUCUCGCUGUCCACGAGGUGUGCCACAGUCGGUACCCUGUAGAGACUUAGCUGCCGGCAUGACCACAAGUAUCGAUCGUACAGCAUGGGCAGUGGUGUGGCUGGGUCGAAGACAGUCUGACGUGGAAGGCGCACGAUGGAAUCGACUUGCACACGACCAGCAUCAAAUAUAAGACCCUGGCAAGUAAUGACAGCACGUGCCUUACUGGCUGACCAGCUUUGCCUGGAUUACCCGCGAGAGAGGAUCUGCGGCGUCAAACGGCACAAGGAUGCGCAGAGGCGAGGUCGCAUCAAUGCAGACUGCAAGGCAGGCACCGAACCAAAGAGGUGUCUGUCUUUCACCUGAGUGGAAGGACUUUGCCUACCGUCUCCCGAGAAGUGUUCGAAAUCGCCGACGAGGAACUUGGUAAUGAAGCCCUCGCUGCGUUCUAGCAACUCACGCACCUGCAAAUGAAAUUCAGCACGAGGAGUGAGUCGCCGGCUGCCGGUAUCGUCCAGAGUAUCCCAUACCUUGUCGGAAGCUUUGUUCAUCAAAUAUGCCUUGUCAGCAGGCUGUAGGUCUCUCGUGAACACUCUCAGUGUACGAAACAGGGCCACAGGCGACACAGCCCCCGACAGCUCGCCAGUGGUUGCGCCAUAGAGCACGAUGUCGGGCUGGUCGAGCUUUCGCUGCAGACGAACCUCAAACCUCAUCCAGAACCCUCCUGCUUCGUUCAUCUCGUCUUUUGAUGGCGCCUCAUUGUCACUGACGACAGCCUCUGAGGGCGCUGAUGAAGGGUGCUCUGAGACAGCGCGCAUAGGAGUGGCUGGGCGCCCCUGUAGGACUCGGGGGAUUGCCAGCCACUCGUUCAAUUUGUCGUCGAGACAGAAGUUCUUCUGCAAAGAGAAGCAAUUAUGACGCUGUGGUUGGCACCACACCCUUGUUUACCAUUGAAAGCAUGAGUGCGCCUCCCAUGUCCUGGUAAUGCCUGAUCGAAAUGUCAAUUGAUCAUGAAUCGAAUCACUUGGCGUUUCAAACUUCUGUCUCACACCUGAAUGCGAAAUAGAAAUCUUCACAGUAGAGAGACAGGUUGCGCUCGGAUGCUGAUUUCUCGACAAGGCGAUUCUCCCAGCGCUGCCAAACGAUCAAACAUGAUGAAGCAUUCUUACCACGUGGUGCCUUCACUAUCGUCUACCGUGAGAUGGACAGCGAACUGCAAAUCAGACUCGAUGCGCGCCUCACCCAAGCUCUCAAUGACACUGGGGCUCAACUGCUCAGUCCAGCCUUCCUGCAACACUUGCGACAGAGAUAGAAGAAGAAAAUGGCCUAUCUCUGUCGAAGUCAUGGUCACAUACUUUCCUCAGCAGCUCCUCCACUUCCUCAGCCGUCUCGGCCAGGACCCUCUGUGCAGUCUCACUGCCUCGUGCCCGCUCGCCUUCAUCCUCCCCCAGCAUCAACUGACUCGUCGAAGACUGGAGCUGCAUUCUCACGCGAUGAGUGAGCUUUGGGGUUUUUCUCUCGUCCUCUUCUUUGCUCUCGUCUUUCACGACUUUUCGUGCGCCGAAAAGCCCCGUAACAGCAGCGAACGGCGACCACGGCGAUUGCUGCUGCUGCUUGCUGGUGGACUCGACAGCAGAGGAUGGGACAAGGCGCGUGCGCUCUGUCGGUUGCUGUAACAGCAAUAUGAAUCAGUGAAUGCACGGCUCCGCUACGUGGGCGCUUGCAAUACCUGAGUGGAUUUCACCUUUGUCUUGAGAGCCAUGAGGACUUCUCGUCGAUGCCUGAGGAUCUCAAAGACCCAUCCCACCUGCUCGAAGCCCUCAAUGGUGUCGAAGUCGCCUGGUGUAGCCUCGCCGGUCAGCUUGCGUCUCCAGGCAGCCUGGUGAAAGAAGGAAAAGACAGACAGAGAUCCAUCAAUUGUGGUGUCUCUUACUCGAUAUCCAUCGAUCUCAUCCUGAGGCGUAUCGCGAACCCUGAGCACGUAUGCCCAGUGUGUGUCACGUGUCUCUGCCUUUAUACGCCCUUACACUAUGUCGCCAAGCAAUCCGAAGACGAGCUCCCGGUAGAGCACCACAUUGUAUUCCAGCCACUUCAUGCUGUGUGUGAGCUGCUUCUGCGUCAUUUCGAUCGAUGCAUCCGACCCAACAACAGUAAUGCUGAACAUCGGCAAUGCCAUCUCCUCCACCCUCCUCAGUCCAUGUCCUGACGACGACCCCUCCUCUUCCUCAGCUUUCGCAGAUAUCGCAUCCGUCUUGGUGUCCGACUGUGCGCCUGCAUCAUUGUCACUGCUAGCGUCAUCAUGGUCUGUCGUGGGAGACACCUGCUGAGGUGCAAGAGUUGGUCGAGGGAAGGAUGGGUCCUGGGCCUCACGCGCAUCUGGCGGAAAGUCAGAUGGGAAGAGGGGGACCAGGCAGAUGCGGAGUCGGAGCUCCAAGUCACGAGGAGGGUGAAGGUAAGUGUGUGCUUGAUGCGCGUCGGCAGCUCGCUGACACAUAGUCUCCAGCGGGACAGCUUUCAUGGCAUCGCUUCCCAUCUUGAGCCGCUGCUCGUACGGAUGCGGCAGCCAGAAUCGACUGGCCUUCCCGUCGCUCGCUCCCCCCUCGUCGACUGCUGAGUCAAGGUCAUCCAAGUACAGGCUGCAUUCCUCCAACACCAGUCUCUUGAAGAACGCUUUAGUGAACUUAGACCGCCCCUUUGAAAUGUCGUCUCUCUCUGUCGUGAAUGCAGUCCAUGGCGUCUUGUAGAUGGCUUCCUUUGCCCUUCCCAACGGGCGCCAUGCAACGUCGGCCUCCACAGUAGAAAUGGACUUAGCUGCCCAGCCAAAAGCGAAAGGGCGGUCCGGGCGAAUCUCGCUGUCCUCCAGCCGCAUCUCGAAAUUGUGGAUGGUGAGCCGGAGAUUGCGCAGCAUCAAAUAGCCCAGUUGAUGAAAGAGCGUCUCCUCUUUCUGGCGCCCUGAACAGGAUCAGCAGAAGGAUUGUGAACAAGACAGAAACAAUGCAUGACUAUUUCCAUGGCUCAUCACCUGUGAGGAAUGUAAAUAGCUCAUCCUGGUCGAGGAUGAGUCUCUUGAAGUCCUCCCACACCUGCUUCUCGGCCUCGAUGUCCCAGGCAGCCGAUGGCUUGGUCGUUGCAAUGAGGAUGAGGUUCUCGGCCUCAACGAUGAUUGGCUGGGUAGUGAGAGCCAUCCACGGAAUCUUGAUGGUCAGAUUGCCGACCUUGCCGUACGUGACGUCCACCGGCAGCGACAUCAUGCGGAACAGGUCCUGCUUGAACGUCAGGUUCUUGAAGGUCACAUGGCCGCGGAACAAAGAUAGCGUGAACUGGUCACCCUGAAAGUUCUCGAACACAGCGCCGAAGGCGCGGUUCAAAAGGCGGACCAGCAACCGCUUCAACAUGCUUGACUUC